CUCUUUCCUAUCACUUCUCUCCCUCCCUCCCAUUUUUCUCAUACAAACACUUUGACACAUCACUCUCUAACUUCCUUCACCUUGUGCCCACCAAUGGCGAUCAAAAACGAUAAGAUUUUCGACUCAUUGGAGCUAAUGAAGCAAGCUAAGAUACCUAAAGAGUUCAUAUGGCCGGAGAAUGAACAACCAAACACUUUAGAAAAACUCAAUGCUCCGGUGAUAGACCUCACCGGGUUCUUUCAAGGCGAUAAGGCAUCGACAAAACUAGCUGCCGAUCUCAUUAACAACGCCUGCCAAAGCCAUGGCUUCUUCCAAGUCAUUAAUCAUGGUGUCAAUGCUUCUUUAGCCGAAGAAGCGCUUUCUUGCAUGAACGCCUUCUUCAAACUUCCUCUUAACCAUAAGCUCAAAGCUCGAAGAACCCCGGGAAGCAUGUGGGGUUACGCAGGAGCUCACGCCGACCGCUUCUCUUCCCGCCUUCCUUGGAAGGAGACCUUGUCCUUCGGUUACCAAGAACAUGAUGAUCAUACUGAACACAUUGUAGUAGACUACUUCAUAUCAACCCUAGGAGAUGAAUUCAAGCAUAUGGGGUUUGUGUAUCAAAAGUACUGUGAGGCAAUGAAGAAGCUCUCACUUGGAAUAAUGGAGCUCUUGGCCAUUAGUCUUGGAGUAGAAAAGUCAUACUACAAGGACUUCUUUAGAGACAGUAACUCCAUAAUGAGAUGCAAUUACUAUCCACCAUGCAAAGAACCAGAUCUCACUCUUGGCACAGGCCCACAUUGUGAUCCUACCUCCCUCACAAUUCUCCAACAAGACCAUGUUGGUGGCCUCCAAGUAUUCGCUGAUGGCAAAUGGCGUUGCAUUCCUCCUGUACCCAAUGCCCUUGUUAUCAACAUCGGUGACACUUUCAUGGCAUUAUCAAAUGGGAAGUACAAAAGUUGCCUGCAUCGAGCUGUGGUGAACCGGGAGUGUGAAAGGAGAUCAUUGGCGUUCUUCUUGUGCCCAAGGGACGACAGAGUUGUUCGUCCGCCGGCCGACAUAGAGGGGCCGAGGAAGUAUCCAGACUUCACAUGGUCAGAGCUAUGGGAGUUCACUCAAAGGCAUUAUAGAGCAGACAUGAAGACCCUCCAUAGUUUUUCUCAAUGGCUUCUAUCAAGUGUAUGCAAGACCUAACUGAUGUUGUUCUCUUGGACCUUUUUGAUCAUUUGAACAACAGUGAUUCUCAUCCCCACUGUGGAGCCAAUCUCCAGAAACAUCUCCGGAGUGUUUUAUGAUCAUUCACAUGUCGCUGGCCUUUUCGUCUUCAUCUCUAUCUCCUUCUUCUUCUCCUUCUCCUUCUUCUUUAAUUUGUGCCAUGUUGUGAUAUGGUACGUAUGAUAUAUUUAUAUACAUACAUACAUAUAUAUAUAUUUAUAUAUAUAUAUAUAUAUAUUGUAGAGGGUGUGCUAAGACAACAAAGAAGUUAUGAGGAUAUUUAGGUUAUG